AUGCAUAUCUUAUUGACUAACGACGAUGGCCCGUUAUCGGAGAAAGCCUCGCCAUAUAUCCCAUAUUUGGUGAAGGAGAUAGUGAAAAAAGGAUGGAAAUUGUCAAUUGUCGUUCCAUCGACUCAAAAAUCAUGGAUCGGUAAAGCUCAUUUCGCCGGUAAAACCAUAGAUGUGGAAUAUAUCUAUACCAAGGUUAGUGAUGAUACAACAUAUGAUUACGAAGGUCCCUUUGGUAAAGAGCAAGCAAAAUAUGAAACCCUGGAAUACUUAAAAUGGACUCUUGUGGAUUCUACACCUGCUGCUUGUGUUGAUAUAGCUAUCAACCAUUUGAUUAAAGAUAUAGAUUUGGUGGUAUCAGGACCUAACUUUGGUAAGAAUUCAAGUAAUUUAUACAUUCUUGCUAGUGGAACAGUUGGUGCUGCUAUGGAAGCUGUUUUGCACGAAAAACCUGCUAUCGCUAUAAGUUAUUCUUAUGAUCACCAUCCUCAUCCAGAAUAUCAACUUAAAGAUGCCAGUGUUCAAGCCGUAGAGGUGAUUGAUCAAAUAUGGAGUAAUUGGAACAAAGAUGUGGAAUUAUAUACCAUGAACGUUCCUUUAGGUCCUAAUGUUAAAGAUGCUAAAGCUGUAUAUGCUCCUAUUUUGGAUAAUAAAUGGGGGAAAUCAGUUUAUGAACCAUCUGAAGGUAAAUUCAAAUGGAACCCGGAUUUCGUCAAAGUUCAUAAAGAUGGUUUGAAACGUACCGAACAUAGUGAUAACCAGGUUUUAUUGGCAGGUAAUAUCAGUGUUACUCCUUUAAAGGCUAGAUUCAUGCAAGUGGGACCUUUGGAUGGAGAUGUUCCACCACCUAAAGCUAUCAACGACUUAUGUGAAGGAAUCUGUAAGCUUGAACUUGACGAAAAUGAUUAUCUUUAUGAUUGUAUUGCAAAAGGAAUGAAAUAUUAUGAUAUCCCCAUCACUUCCAAACCUUUGACCGAUAUAAAAGGUCCAGUUUUCCAUUACACCGAUUAUGAAGACAUAGAUUUUGAUAGAAUUGGUGACAGUGAUUAUUUGAUCCCUAGUUAUGUUUACCGUAAAGGGUUAAUCAGAAAACAUUAUCUUGCCAACACCGUACGUCACUAUGUGGCCAAGAACCCUCAAUCUAUUCUUAACAGAGCGGUGCCAGAGAGUUUCCCAUUAGAAUUAGACUAUGCUGAAUUCUUGGAUGAUGCGUUAGACGAAUGUGAAUGGUUAGAAGAUGGAUCUUUGUGGAUAGUUAAACCAGGAAUGAGUGAUAAAGGUCAAGGUAUUAGAGUUUUCCGUACACAACAACAACUUCAAGCAAUUUUUGAUUCUUUUGAAGAAGAACUGGAUGAUGAAGGAGAAGGAGAAGGUGACGAUAAUGGUGUCAUUAUCUCUCAGUUACGUGAAUUCAUCAUUCAAAAGUAUAUUCCUCCCUUAGUUUUAUCUUCUUAUGGCAACAAGAAAUUCCAUCUCAGAGUUUAUGUUGUAGCAUCUGGAGUGUUGAAAGUGUAUGUCAAUAAUGAAAUCCUUGUAUUGUUUGCUGACCUGCCAUAUGGGGUAGUUGAGAAAGAGACUGAAGACGACGAUGACACCUACAUUGACAUGAAGGGCCAUUUGACCAACUCCUGUCUUCAAGAAAAACCUGAAGUUAUAACCUUUGAUUCCAUAAAGCUUACAGAAUUUGAAAAAUCCAUAAUUUUCAACCAAAUUUGUCAAAUAACUAGGGAAUUGUUCAUGGCAGCAGAAUCCGAUAAAAUCAAUUUCCAAAUGUUACCCAAUGCUACCGAAGUUUACGGUAUUGAUUUCUUAGUGGAUGAUAAAUUAUCUGUCUGGUUAGUGGAAGUCAAUGCUUAUCCAGACUUCAAACAGAGUGGAGAUUUGAAAUAUGUUGUUGAUAGUGUAUGGAGAGGAAUCGCUGGAUUAAUAGCUGAAAAAUUCGGCCAAAAGGUCGAUACCACCAAAGAUCUUACUCAAGUAUUGGAUCUUGAUAGUAUUAGACAACAUUAA